CUAUAGCUCCUGACCCUAAGCUUCCUGCACCCUGACCAUCAAGCAUCAGACUCAAAACUGGGCUGGACACAGAAGCAGAGAUGCCCAGAAAAGCGGAAGAGGGCACAGGCCAAUCGAACCCUCUUUGAGGACGCUUGACCGUGUCCACCCAUAGGACCUGGCGCUGCUGCAGGCUGUGUCUGUGCAGAGACAUGACCCCGAGGAGUGGAGCCACGUGGCUGCCUUCAGCUCUGCUCCUUCUCCAGGUCCCAGGUUGUUUGUCUCUGAGCGGCCCCGAGCACGUGACGGGCACCGUGGGGGGAUCGCUGAGCGUGCAGUGUCGGUACGAGAAGGAGUUCAAGGAAAAUAACAAAUACUGGUGCAAAAGCCCAUGUUUGGCAUCGCUGAGGACGAAGAUUGUGGAGACCACGAAGUCAGAGAGAGAAGUGAGGAGUGGCCGUGUGUCCAUCAGGGACCAUCCAGCAACCCUCACCUUCACAGUGACCUUGGAGAGCCUCACAGAGGGCGAUGGAGGCACAUACAGGUGUGGGAUCCAUAGACCAUGGACAGAAGGACUGAUAGACCUCACCUUCCAGGUUGAGGUGUCUGUUGUGUCCCAGCCACAGGGGGGAACCCAGAGGAGCCCCUGA